AAUCUGCCCAGUUUUGUUGAUCUUGGCGAACUCCAAGCUUGACAGUGAAAAAAUUGCUGGUCUAUUGCCAUGUAAGAAUUUUAGAAAACAAAAGUGACCAUUUACCUGGAAAAUUAUUUUAGGUUUGAAAACAUCGAGAUAGAAAAAAAGAAGGGGAAGACGGGUAGAAAACCCUCAAAAAUGGAAAAAGAAAAAAUAUCAGAGCGCCAGCCAAAUUAAUGAGAUGAGAUAAUUUGGAUGAGUUCACGGAAAAAACAAGUGUCAGGUCCAGCUGGUUUUAGAUUUUCUCCUUUCUUUUGCAGACAAAAGUAUGUAAUACAUGAAGAAAUGCAAUAAAAACCGAUUUAUAAAAUGAGGAUAGUGUAAUGUUUAAGACUGUAUUCUGAUUGGAAACAAGUUUUGCCAUCGCAUGUACACUAUGCUGUGCUACUAAAGGAUGACUUUUAAUAUUUUACCAAAAUGAUUUAAUGCUUAUGGUUAGAUACAGUAUAAUCAGACCUACUUCUUUGUAAUGGCAUUGUAGCAUUACCCCCAGUCGGUAUUUUUACAUAAAUAGAGAAAAAGACCCUGGAUAUUUUCUCUGGUACAACUUAUCAACAGUCAACAAACUGUGGCCCAUCUAACAGCUUUUGUCAAUGGUUGGAUGGCAGAGAUAUAAAAAUGCCAGAAUGUUUUCUCUAGUUUACUCAUUUCUGAAUUCUAUAUCCCAAUGGCUGAGUGGUAGAAGUGAUACAAAUCCCUGUCCAUAGGAUCGUUUUCUGAAAAAUAAUUGAUCAAUAAGUCAAGAGGAAACAAGCAAGGAUGCAGGGUUAUUAGUCACUUAGUUGACUCUGCCGUUUUAGUGGUUAGAUAUUUUCCGUCAGGACAAAAGAAAAAUAAACUAUUUGAUUUAAUUACUUCAACUGCUAUGCUAUCUACCCUCACGUUCACCCCCGGGUACACUCAAUCACUAUGUCUUCCGCAAACCUCUGUUUGCUCUUAAUCUUAUUAGUCUUCAGUUUCCACUCUUGGAUCUUGAGAUCUCAAGAAUUAACAUGCAACUUGAAUGAUUUGAUAGCCCUAAAUGGCUUUUCUAGCUGUCUAGAAUCAGAUAUUGUUGGAUGGAGUAACUCUACUUCUGAUUGCUGCACUUGGACUGGUGUCACUUGUGACAAUUCUACUGCACUAAGCCAAAGAGUGGUCAGUUUAGAACUUGGGAGCAACAAACUGUCUGGAAAAAUCUGUGAUUCCUUGGCAGGUUUACAUCAACUGAGAAUUCUGAACCUUUCUCAUAAUCUGCUACGUGGUUCCCUUCCAACCAAGCUGUUUCACGUGCAGAACCUGGAGGUCCUGGACUUAAGUGACAAUGAUUUCGUUGGUAGAAUCCCAGCAGAAAGUCAUUUAUCCUCUAUCCGGUAUGUUGACAUUUCCAAGAAUAGUUUUUUUGGUCCGAUGGAUAAAAAUCUCUGUAAAACCUCACCUCAUAUCCAGUAUCUUGAUUUAUCAAGUAACAACUUCUUCGGGGAAGUUUCACCAGCUUUGGGAAACUGUACCUCUUUGCAGAAUCUCAUUCUUGCUGGGAAUAAUUUUAGGAGUUUACCGAAGGGUAUCUUUCAGCUGCAACAUCUUAGUGUAUUGCAUCUUCACAAGAACAGUUUUUCUGGGCCACUAAGCGACGGGAUUGGUAAUCUGUCUAACCUUGUUGAAUUGGACAUCUCCUCUAAUUCAUUUACGGGAGUUCUUCCUGAUGUUUUUGGGAAGCUUCAAAAGCUUGAGCAGUUCUCUGCCAGUUCAAAUAAAUUCACUGGAAUUUUGCCCAUCUCAAUGGUGAACUCUCCAUCUCUUAUAAAGCUUGACCUCCACAACAACACUCAGAAUGGUCCAAUUAAUCUCAACUGUUCUGUGAUGACUCGUCUCAUGUCCCUUCAUCUUGGUUCUAAUAAUUUCCAUGGCCCAAUCGCCCAUAGCAUGUCCUCUUGCAAGAGCUUGAGCAUGCUGCAUCUUGGCCACAACAACCUUCGGGGUCAGGUUCCUUACAGAUUUAAGAAUCUCCAGAGCCUGAAAGUCCUCAUACUCUCGAGGACCAAUCUUGUCAAUCUAUCAUCAACCCUUAAGAUUCUACAAUAUUGCAACAACUUAACUGUUCUGAUCCUUAGUGAAAACUUCCCGGAGGAGCAAAUGCCCACUGAUGUGAAUUUGCAAUUCAGAAGCCUCCAGGUACUCAGCAUUGCCUAUUGUGAACUAAGGGGUUCCUUUCCACUAUGGUUGCGUGGUUGCAACGUGUUACAGUUCUUGGAUCUGUCGAGGAAUCAUUUGAGCGGAUCUAUUCCCUUGUGGUUCAACGGGUUCAAAUAUCUCUUUUAGGUGGAUUUGUCAAAUAAUUCUUUCACUGGUGAGAUACCAAAAGGCUUAACUGAACUAGAGGGUCUCAUUGACAUGAACAUCUCACUGGAAGGGCCUUCUCUGGGCUUUCCAUUAUUCAGGACUGCUACAGAUGGUGCAACUUUUGGUUACAACAAAAUUUGGAGCUUUCCGCCAACUAUGGACCUGAGUUACAAUAUUCUAAGUGGACCCAUUUUGCCCACUUUUGGGAUUUUGAGAAGGCUACAUGUUCUAAAUCUCAAUCAGAAUCACCUCUCAGGAUCGAUUCCAGAGAGUCUGUCAGGAAUGACAAACUUGGAAAUUUUGGAUUUGUCCCAUAACAAAUUAUCUGGAGAGAUACCUAAUUCAAUAGUGCAGCUCAGUUUUCUGUCAAAGUUCAGUGUUGCAUAUAAUGAGCUUUAUGGGGAAAUCCCAGCAGGAGGUCAGUUCAUGACUUUCCCAUAUUCAAGCUUUGAAGGGAACAAUGGCCUUUGUGGUAGAAUCUAUACACCAUGUCAGCCUGAACAUGCUCCUACCAUUUCUCGUGGUGAACAAAUGAUAAUAUUUGGUUCUCAAUUUGCAUAUGGAGUUGUGACUGGUUUUCUUCUCACCGUCACCAUCUGCUUUAUGUCCGGUUGGAUCGUUCCAAGAGGGGCACCGUUUGGAGUGCUGAAUCCAAGACAAACUGAUACCAGCUAGAAGUAAAUCUAGUCCCCAUGGCUAGAAGAAAAGCGAGUGAUCUCUCUGCUUCUUUAGACUCUAUCGGCUGUUGCCCUCUUUUCUGUCUGCUUUAUAUUUUUUCAAGUUGUAGACUGUAGAUUAUGCACACCCUUUCUUUCGUUGGUUACAAAGGAAUAAAGUACGAUUUUACUUGGUUAAGUUUAAAAUA